AUGUCUGCUCCUACCGGAAAGUUCUCCAUGUGGGUCACCAUCGAGGCCAAGGGCGCCGCCGAGGCCGACAAGAUCGUCGCCAUGCUCAACAAGGUCGCCGCCCGCGCCAACUCGGACGAGGAGCCCAACUGCCUCAACUACAUCCCCGGCCGCAGCCGCGACGACCCCAACACCAUCGUCGUCUUUGAGCAAUACGACAACCAGGGCAGCGACGUCGCCACCACCAAGCACCGCGCCGGCGAGGACUUCCAGGCGCUCAUGGGCCAGGCGCGCGAUCUCACCAACAAGAUCGACAUGAAGUUCUUCGACCUGGUCUAA